UUAAUUUCGAUAGUCUGGAGCUGACGUAGUUGGAAACAAAGGUGCAUUAAUUUGUGCAACGUUAACUAUUGCACGUUGUUUACUACCGUGUUACUGUAUAACUUGGCUUAAAAAACAACUUACAAUAAUUCAAACAAGAAAGUAGGUAUCGAGUGCUUUGUUAAUUAACUGAUAUCGAGUGUGAACAGCGUCAGAAAUGAUACUCAAAAUAGAAUUUUACAUCAGUGAAUUCUAAACAAAGAAAUUUGGGCGAGUAUUUUGUAAAAAUGGCAGACACAAUCACAGAACUUGCAUACAAGAAGCUGUAUGUCAAAUUCCCCCAAAGGGUUCCAUCAGAGGAAAAAGUGAAGGCGCUGAGUCCACACAUUGUCCGUGUGUCUUAUCCCAGGCAAAAGAGUGCAAGGUUUUGUCAUAUAGUAUUGGAGAGCCAAUCUGUUGUUCCAGAAGUUCUGAAACAGUUGAACAAAAAAGAAUAUAAAAAUGGACAUCUCAGCGUGGAGCUGCCAAGAAAACUUAAAUAUAUAAAAAAUGAACAAAAACCUCCUAUUCAAGAAAAAAGUAAGACCUUAAAAGAGAACAAAAUUGGAAAUAAACACAAAGCAAAAAAUAAACUAUCUGUUGAUGAUAAUAGCAUUGUGCCUCAAACAGAAGAAGUUGAAAGCUCACGCAUUACAGCUGGCAAACAUGUGAGGAGAAGAAGUGGGAAACCUGCAGCUGGUGGUGGCAAUGACCGAAGACUAUGGAUAAAGAAGUUGCCGUUUAAAACAGAAGACAAGGACCUUGUAGCUACUUUUCCUGGAUGCAUUUGGGCUAAGGUGUACAGAAGCAAAGCUUCAAAAUCCAGCCGUGCUAUAUGCAAGUUCACUACAGCACAGCAAGCUGCUGCUGUUGUAGCAGAUCCUAGUAAACACAAGUUCAAAGGAAAAGAGGUGGUUGUUGAAUUAGCUAAAAGUCAACAGCUAAGGGGAAGUGGGAUGAAGAAGAAAUAUGGACUGAAGAAUGAAAAUUCUGUAAUGGACAUAGCGGGAGAAACUCUUAAAACAGAAUCAAAAGUAGAAAGUGAAACUGACACUGAAUUGAAGGAAAAUGAAAAUAAUGGUGAUGAAUCUAUGGACACUGAUGAUGAUGAUGAUGAUGAUGAUGAUGAUGAUGAUGAUGAUGAUGAUGAUGACAGUGACGAUGACGACGACGGUGAUGAUACAUUGGAGAGUGGUGAUUCCACUGGUGAUCUUGAUGUAAAUAGCUCUGAGAAUGAUGAUUAAAAUAAAUAGAUAAUUUGCUGUGCAUUA